UAAUUUCACUGUUUCCCCUUCACUGUUGUUUACUGAUAGAGUUUCACUACCUAAAGUCACACAGACACAGCACUUUGCAGGGAGAAGACACAGCUAUAGAUGUACUUUAGAUUUGAGGUUAGAAGUAGAAGUUACUGUAUUUGAGCACAAGUGUGUUAAGAUGUCAGAGGGAGUUUAUGAAAUCUCAGAUGGAUUUGAAGACGAUGAGCCUGAUGCAAUGAAGAACACAGACAUUGAUGGCCAAAUAUAUGGCAACGUAAGAGCCUUCAAGCCCAGUCCAAGAGAUGGAGUUGUUGCUUCAGUACAUUUUCAGUGGUGGAAGAGACCCUCUGGAAUUGCUGCAGUGUGUCUGGGGCUGCUGUGUGUUCUCUUAUUGGCUGGGAUCAUAGGCCUGUCUGUCUACUAUGGAGUCAUUGGUCAUCACGCCUCAACAGAGAGAGACCAGCUACAGACCAGAUAUAACAACCUGACUAAAGCGAGAGACCAGCUACAGACCAGUUACAACACCCUGACUGAAGAAAGAGACCAGCUACAGACCAGUUACAACCAGUUGACUAAAGAGAGAGACCAGCUACAGACCAGUAGUAACACCCUGACUAAAGAGAGAGACCAGCUACAGACCAGUAGUAACACCCUGACUAAAGAGAGAGACCAGCUACAGACCAGUAGUAACACCCUGACUAAAGAGAGAGACCAGCAACAGAAAGAGAAAGAUGAUGUCAUGUCAAAGUUCUCUAAUCUGAAACAAACCUGUCCUGAAGGCUGGCAUAAGUUUAACUCCAGUUGGUACUUCCUGUUAACUAAGGCUAAAACCUGGGAGGAGAGCAGAAAGGACUGUCUGGAGAGAGGAGCAGACCUGGUGAUCAUAAACAGUGAUAUGGAACAGGAGUUUCUCUUUGGCCUUACUAAGAAGGCCUGGAUUGGUCUGACUGACUCUGUUACUGAGGGGACCUGGAAAUGGGUGGACGGCACCCCACUGACCACCCCGAGGUAUUGGGAGAGUGGACAGCCUAAUGGUGGUGUAGGGGAGAACUGUGCGUUGUUCUCUCACAGUUCAUCAGACCAAGGAAAAUGGCAUGACUAUCCGUGUUCAACUAACCAUUACUGGAUGUGUGAGAAAUAGUUCUCUCUCACUCUUAGUUAUGAUGUUGAUUGUCAUGUUGAAAGUCAUGAUACCAGCUACAGGACUUCAGAAACUAUUCACAGCCUAGACAUUUUCCACAUUUUGUUGUUUAAACGCUGAAUUUUUAAAUGGAUUAAAUUGAGGUUUCAUUGUCACUGUCCUACAAACAAUAACUCAUAGUGUCAAA